UUUAAAUUAAAUGCUCAGUCUGCCGCGCUCUGUUGACCUGCCAACACGUGUUUUAAUUAAUUUAUUAAUUAAUUAACAUAUCACAGACAUAUAUAUUUAUAUUAUACAAUACAUUAUAUAUUUAUUUUAAAAUCAUAUUUUAUUAAAAUGGCUGAACAAUUGAGGGAAGGUCUGAUUCUGGGUUUGGGAAAUCCGCUUCUAGAUAUUUCAGCAGUCGUUGACUUGGAUUUUCUUAAAAAAUAUAAUUUAAAAGCUAAUGAUGCAAUUCUUGCUGAUGAAAGUCAUAAACCGUUGUAUGAUGAACUUAUCGAGCAGUAUCAUGCUGAAUUUAUUGCUGGGGGAGCUGUACAAAAUACUAUGAGAGUUGCGCAAUGGUUUUUAGAAAAACCUCACGUCGCAACAUUUAUGGGAUGUGUGGGCAAAGACAAGUACUCAAAAAUAUUAGAAGAAAAAGCCAGAUCUAGUGGACUAAAUGUUAAAUACCAGUACAAUGAUACAACACCAACAGGAACAUGUGCGGUUUUAAUAACCGGAAAGAGUAGAUCACUUUGCGCAAACUUGGCAGCCGCAAAUUGUUUUUCCAUUUCUCAUAUUCAUGAGCCAGAAAAUCAGUGUCUGCUGGAAUCCGCUCAGUACUACUAUAUAUCUGGAUUUUUCUUAACAGUAAGUCCUGAGACUAUUCAAGAAGUUGCUAAGCAUUCGCACAAAAAUUCUAAAACAUUUAUGAUGAAUCUUAGCGCGCCAUUUUUGUGUGAGUUUUUUAAAAAACCAAUGAUGGAAGCAUUCCCGUAUGUGGACAUUAUUUUCGGAAAUGAAACCGAGGCUGAAACAUUUUCUAAAGUCAACGACUUGGGUACCACGGACCGGAAAGAAAUCGCGUUGAAAAUGUCCAAGAUGCCGAAAGUCAAUGAAAAGAGACAGCGGAUUGUCAUAAUAACUCAGGGUGCUGAUAAUGUUAUUCUCGCUAAAGAUAAUUGCAUUCAAGAAUUUCCCGCCACUAGUUUGCCAGAAGAAAAAGUUGUCGAUACCAACGGCGCCGGUGACGCUUUUGUUGGAGGUUUCAUAGCACAGUAUGUACAAGGUGCGAGUAUCGAAACUUGUAUCAAAUGCGGAAUAUGGGCAGCGACUGUUAUUGUCCAGCGUUCCGGUUGUACGUACGAAGGAAAACCAGAUUUUGCACUUUGACCAAAUAAUUUUUAAUUUAAAAAAAAUAAAUUGUAUUUUUUAUUUUAUGAAUAAAGAAGAAAAUUUUUAAAAUA